UCUUGUUACAGUUUGUAUUAAUCGUUUGCCAAACAGUACGUUCGUUCAUUCAUACAAGUGUUUGUGUGGUAUUUUUUAUUGUUGUUUGUUGUUGGUUUAUAAAAGCUAUUAAUAUGGUCGUCGCAUCUCGCAAGAUUGGAGACACCGUAGUCUCUCCUAUUGGUUUUGGAUGCAUGGGUUUGCAUGCGAUGUAUGGUCCUUCCUCUGAAGAAGCGAAUCAAGCUGUCUUAACCCGUGCCGCCGACAUGGGCUGUACCUUUUGGGAUAGCUCCGACAUGUACGGCUUUGGUGCGAACGAAGACUGCCUUGGCCGUUGGUUCAAGCAAACCGGUCGCAGAAAGGAAAUCUUCCUUGCCACCAAGUUUGGCUACCAAAAGACGGAAGAAGGCGGUAUCUUGAAUAAUACCCCGGAAUACAUUCACAAGGCGCUUGAUAUGUCUUUGAAACGAUUGAAUGUCGAUUCCAUCGACUUGUACUAUGUUCACCGCUUCAGUGGUGAAACCCCUGUCGAAAUUAUUAUGGAGACUCUUAAGGGUUUUGUUGAAGCCGGCAAGAUCCGCUACAUUGGUCUUUCUGAAUGUAGUGCCGAAACCAUUCGCCGUGCCUGCAAAGUUUACCCCGUUAGUGCCGUUCAAAUUGAGUACUCUCCUUUCUCAUUAGAAAUCGAGCGUCCUGAAAUUGGUGUUAAGCAAGCUUGCCGUGAAAACAACAUCACAAUCGUUUGCUACGCUCCUCUUGGUCGUGGUUUCCUUACCGGUGCUUACAAAUCUCCCGAUGACUUUCCCGAGGGCGACUUUCGCAAAAUUGCUCCUCGCUACCAGAAAGAAAACUUUUAUAAAAACCUUGAACUUGUAAAGAAAUUGGAAUCUAUUGCUGCUAAAAGCAAUGUCACUUCGGGCCAGCUCAGCUUGGCUUGGAUUUUGGCUCAAGGCGACGAUUUCCUCCCUAUUCCCGGCACAAAGCGUAUCAAGUACUUGGAAGAAAACUAUGCUGCCAAGGACAUCCAACUCUCUUCGGAGACUAUCAAAGAAAUCCGUGAAGCUUCCGACAGUGCUGAAGUCGUCGGUCAAAGAUAUCCUCCUGGCCCAGGUGCUAAGAUGUUUAUGGAUACACCACCUUUGUCUCAAUGAAGAAUAAAGGAACCUUGUAUACUACUACUCCUACUACUCCUUCAAGAUUUAACGAACUUUCAUAACAGAUCGAUUCUUUCCUCAUGUUCAAAAAAGCAAUCACAGAUGCUGUAUUCCAUCUAUGCUUUCUCAUAUUUUGAUAGCUAUUGUUUCUUUUUUCAACACAAUUUUUAAUAACACUGUUUGCAAUCUUCAUCUGGUCUACAACAUUUGAAACCUUACUGUACUACUAUAACCAAUUAUACCUCACUUCAUCAUUUACGAACAA